AUGGCAGGCGCCUCGUGGGUCGCCGCCGACGGCAUUCAUGGUGACGUCACCGGCGGGCUGCUCGGCAGCAAUGGCGACGUCGGCGGCAGUUGGACAGGCAGCAAGCCGUGGGAGGUGCCUCCAGCCCGCCUGGCCCCCGACGGCUGCGAUACCGGCCCCUCUGCAGCGGAAGCGGGGCCGUCGAAUCCCCGAGAGGACGCCGCCGCGACGCCACAGCCGGCGCCGCGGCUGUCCGCUCGUGCAGCCGGCGUGCAGGGGUCAGGCAUGGACGCGGCGGCCGCCGCGCUGUCGACGCCGCUGCUGGCCUCCAGCUCGACUGCGGUCAAACAGCUGUCCGGCACGUGGCGCGAGGAGGCGUUCGGGGCGCGGGCCAGGUGGGAGGCGCUGCUUGCAGAUUGGGACGCCGCCGCCGCAGCGCCCGCGGCGCAGCCCUCCAGCGGCGGCGGCGGCGGCAGCGGGGUGGGGAUGCGUGGCGCGGGCGCGGAAGUGGCUGCGGCGGGACAGGAUGCGGCGGCGGGGCUGCCGCAGAGCGUGCCGGGCCCGGUUGAGGCAGGGACAGCCGCUUAUGCGGGCAGCGGUCAAGGGCCGGUCCAAAUUGACGAGGCAUGGUCAGAGCCGCCAGCCGUGCAUGCGUUGGGAGGCGGCGGCAGCAGCAUUGCCGCGGGCGGCGGGUCGCCGGAGGCGCGCGACGCGCUGAGCCCGCUUCCCGGGUGGUCGCUGGGGGUGCCCGGCGCCCAGGCGUCACCAGCGUCAGCCGCGUCAGAGCUGUCGCUCUGCGGCAUGGGGAGCCGCCUCCUGGCCUCGCCGGUGGUGGGCUUUUCCGCCGCCGCAGGCCAGGGCUGUGGCGGCCCCGGCAUCGCCCCUUCGCCCGCCGGCACGCUGCCGCCGCGGCCUGUGGCCGAGGCCGUCGCCGCCGCGGCCGCGGCCGUUCAGGGGCAGGUAGCCGCGGCCGGCGGGGAGAGGCCGCGGCCGCCGGCGGUCUCGCCGGUGCGGCCGACCCUGCUGGAGGCCGCCUUUGACCGCGUUGCGGCCGCCGCGACGCCGACGCCGCAGCGGGCGUCGCCAGGGCGGCGUCUGUCAACAACGCAGCAGCAGCACCACCACCAGCGGCGUCAGCAGCAGCAGCAGCAGCAGCAGCAGCAGCAGCAGCAGCAGCAGAGGGAUGCGGACCGCGGCCUGUCGGGCCUGCGGGCGUCCACCUCAGCGCAGCCGGCGCGCGCCGCCGAGCCGUCGUCUCUGGAGCGCCUAAGAGCCCUCCAGGCGCGGCUCUCUGCCAUGACCGCCGCCGGCCGCGGUCCCAGCCCUGCCGCUUUCGCCCCUCCCGACGCCCCGCCGGCGCCCACCACGGCGGACCCGCCGGGCAAUCCCUUGGCUGACUUGGCGCCCCAGCACUCGCCCGCGCGCGGGAGCCUCGCCAGCGCCGGGCGGGCAGCCCCAGCCGGCGCUGAUGCGACGCCGCCGCAAGCCUCGGACUGUGCUGCGUCGGGCAACGCGCUGCCGCAGUCGUGCGCGCCGGCUGGCGGCCAUGAAAGCCAGAAGUUGGGCGCCGCGGCCGUCGCGCGCGGCUCCGCGCCGCCCGCGGGCUCCGCCUGGCUUCAGACCAGCCGGCUGCAGAACCUGAUGCUGCGCCACAGGCAGCGCCAGCUGCAGCGGCGGCUGCGGGGUGACGCGCCACCCGCUGCCCCUGCUGCCCCCGGUCCCGCCGCGCUCUCGCCCAUACGGGCAGCUCUUGGCGUAAAAUCCUUGGAAGCGGCGACGGUGCGCCUGCCACAGCCAAAGGGCCCUGCGCGGCUGUCAGACGGCGACUCGAGGCCCGUGGCAUCGAGCGGCAGCAGCAGCUGUGGCGACAGCAGCAGCCGCGUGCCAGGGCCGGGGCAGCUGACGCCGGGGGGGACGUGGCAGGAGCGUGUGUGCAGCAUGGCCGCUCACAGGGUCACCAGUGGGAGAAGCUGCUCAGAUGUCAGCCCGGGCCGCACGCCCUCGCUUGCAAAACAGCAGCGGUCGGUGAGAGACACAUCGCCGCGGGGACGCGUGCAGAUGCUGAGGCCGCGGCGGCCGCAGCAGCACCAGGAGCAGGUGCAGCAGCAGCUCAGCGCUACUCAUGGCCAGGCGCGCGCAGACGCAGCCAGGCCUGCGCCUCAUUCUGUGGUCACAGACCAUGCUCUGUCGCCAGCGCAGGCACUACGCACGUCGCGCAUGCUGCCUGGGGCGUCUGUUGGGGGAAGUCCAGCCUUUCGGAAGUUGUUGGAACCCGGAGCACCAGCUGUGUUUCAGCUGGGUGCUGGGCAGCCGCUGGGGCAGCAGCCGCAGCGGCGGCCGCCGUCCCUGGGACGCGUCGACGGAGGCGGCGGUGAAGUUGGCGUGUCGGUGUCGCAGCGCCUGGCGCUUCUGACGCGUCAGCUGCGGGAGGCCGCAUUGGAGCUGCAGGCGGCCCAAGGAGUGGAGCAGCAGCAGCAGCAGAACGGCGUGUGGCAGCCGGUGGCUGCGUACGUGAGAGCGCCCCUGGCUCCUGAGGUGUUCCUGUAA